AACCACACCGGAAGUGUGAGCGUGAAUGCACAGAGAGGCAGACAGACAGAGAGAAAAUGAAAAUAUAAACACAGACACGGACAGUGUGGAUGUGUUUAGUUAAUUAAUGAAGUUGUAGUGGGAUUAUCUGAGGUUUGAUGUCGCUGCUGUGGGAAGUGAAUCAGUUUCACAGCUCAACUUCAAGAACAAUGUUCCUGGAAAAAAGUCAAGACGUUUCAACAUGAGGUCCUCGGGAAAAAACUGCUGUAACGCACGCCACCGAAAACCCCCGAAACCGCAUGCUCACAUUUCACCUGAGACAAACUCGGAUCCCUCCUGCAAACCUCGCGCUGUCCGUUCUACAGGAGCUGAGAAGAAAACCAGAAGAAAAGCGGUGAAAGCUGUCGCACAGCAUCCUGACACCAUACCCUUGCCUGUCUCACCCCUCUCACCUGUCUCACACACACCUCAAACAGCAGUGACAAAUGGACACUCGCCUCAGAACACCUCAACACGUUCUCUGAAAAAUGCUCCAAAAGGAAGGAAGAAGAAGACUGAAAAGAAAGAGAGAUCAGAUUUCACCCCUGAUGAGAGAUCAGAUCAUGAUCCUGAUCCGACUUGGACUGAGCAGCGAACAGCCAGAAUAACACCAUCGUCACGCGCUCAGGGAUCAAAAAGAGCUGCUAAAGAAACCUCAACAUACACUACUCUAUCAUGUCCGAGUUCUUGGCAGGACACGCCCGUCUCCUCGCCCACUUCUGAUUCAGGUGAGAGAACAUUGAAGCGAGGGCGAGGGCGCCCACCCGGUCCCCGACCCGGUCCCCGCCUCAGCUCCGCUCCACAGUGCAGCAGGACUCCGCCGAGUGAGCUGCAGACCAGCCCUGUGACGAAAACAUUGCCAAAAUGGAGACUCCGACUUCAGAACUCUGAAACUCAGCAGAGGAAGAGGACACGGAAAAGGGUGGAGCAGGAAGUGUGUGACACACCGCCAUUUAAGUGUCAAAGAAAGAAGAGAUCAAAGGCGAAGCUUCCCCAGGACCAGCGAAUCAGAACGCGCUUUGUGCUGCAGGAUUCUGAGCACCAUGAGCCAGAAGAGAUGCUCUCCACCUCAGAUCUGUCCAUCGAGCUGAGUCUACAGGAGGAUAGGCUAUCUCACACACACUCACUGUCCCUGGAGGAGGAGGACGAGGAGGAGGAUGAAGAGCUGCCGAGUUUCUUUCAGCAGAUCAGACAAAAACCUUCCUCAAUCAGAGAGGGGCUGUGUGUGUGGUGUAAACUGAGGAAAUACCCCUUCUGGCCAGCCAUGGUUAAGAGUGUGAACCGUAAGACUAAGAAGGCUAGCAUUGUGUUUAUUGACCGGUUUCUCUUUGAUAAGAAGAGAAUAUGUAAAGGUUUAUCGGUGUCUCUGAGGACGUUGAAGCCGUUUGACUGUGAGGAGUCUCGCCACUUUGUGGACAUGGCCAAAGAGAAGUAUGGUGAAUCAAUCACAUGGAGUAUGAAGCUCAUCUCCGAUUACAGGAUCCGCCUCGGUUGUGGCUCGUUUGUUGGCUCCAUCAUUGAGUACAUCGCUGAUGAUAUCAGUUACCCGUUGAGGAGUGAGUACUCAAAGGCUUCGUCAGAUCUUCCGUGUCCCACUCAGAGUUUGAUGGAGCAGCAGGACGGAGACUCUGAGCUUCAGGACCUGGAGGAACACUCUGACUUUCAGGACGUCCACAUGGAGAAGAAAGUCCUCCCUGACCGCACGCAGGCCGCCAGGAACCGCGCCAACCAGAGACUGGUGGACUUCAUCGUCAGGAAACGAGGAGCAGAGAACCGCUUACUGGAGGUGAUCAGUGGUCAGGAGGCGUCCAGGUGGCUGCAAGCUCUGUACAGCUCCAGCCGCUUGGAGGUGGAACAGUUGUACCUGGAGGACGAGGAGCAGGUGGAUGAAGUGUACCGCUACCUGAAGGAGCUGUGCGAGAGAGCUGCGAAAGCUAACCCGGCACUGGAGAACUCGGACUGGAUCCGCUUCAUCCUGGACGUCCUCUUCCCCGAGGCUUUGAUUUGUGCGAUAGCUGCGGUGGAUUGUCUCUCUCUGGACAAAGCAGAGGAGAAAUUUCGCCAAGGACCUCGCCAUAGCAACAGAGAGCGACAGGAAUUUGACUUGAUGAUUGAGCAGCAGAUGAAGCUGAAGGCAGCAGGAUGGUCCCCCUGAACACCACAGUGUUUAUUGUAUUAUUAUUAUUAUUAUAUUAUUAUUAUUACUGAGAAAUGCAUUUUUAAUAAAAUAAUCAGUCAUAUGAC